AUUUGUGCGGUCAGGGCGCCUGAGAGCUCACCCUGUUCGCAGUGGUCAACGAUGCCUCCAACGAUAGACUCGUCGUGGAAAUCCGUUUUUCGCUUCAACAGCUCAUCGAAAAAACUGGCCGUUAAUGCGUCAGUCGCGACGAUGAGCUCGACGGUCAACACGGCAGCAACUUCAGUUUCUGCGCGUUCAUCAUAUAAUUCGUCCAACACCCAUUCCAGCGAUUCGAUACCCCAGUCGUCGUCCAACACCUCGAGACCACGUACUAAAUCGGAAAAGCGACAGCGACCACCAUACCCUAAUACAUUUAAUCGUGCACCACCUCUUCCACAACCUCCCAACUCGUCUACCUUGCCCUCGCCCUCGUCGACAACUGCAACGAGCUCACGACCCUUGCUUUCCCCAAAAUCCAUGUCUCGCUUCAUACGGCGAGUGGCCUCGGCUCCCAAUGCAAAGGGCCUCUUCCGAUCUUCUGCACCGUCUCCAUCAACACCCACAACAAGAAACGGUCUAUUAGCACCCUUCGACAAUCCUCCGCCAUUGCCUCUCGCUACAAGUUCUAUGGAAAACGGGACCGACUCGCUGGAAACGAUAUCAUCCGUGUCCUCGAGGGGCCAGGUCUCUGCUGUGUCAUCGUCUAAGCUACCUUCACCUCCGUUUGGCAAGACUCGUUUGAGCACAAGUAACCUGCAUGAGGUUGGACCCAGUAAGGCUGCCUUCAGGCGAACGUAUUCGAGUAAUUCUAUUAAGGUUCGUCAGGUUGAAGUUGGCCCCUCAAGUUUCGUCAAAGUCAAACUCCUGGGUAAAGGUGAUGUCGGCAAGGUGUACUUGGUCCGAGAGAAGAAGUCGGGGAAGCUGUUUGCAAUGAAGGUUCUUUCUAAAAAAGAAAUGAUCGAACGCAAAAAGAUCAAGCGAGCUCUCACAGAACAAGAGAUUCUUGCGACUGCUAACCAUCCCUUUGUCGUCACCCUUCAUCAUUCAUUCCAAUCCCCUCUAUAUCUGUAUUUUUGUAUGGAAUACUGCAUGGGGGGAGAAUUCUUUCGUGCGCUACAGACACGUCCGGGCAAGUGCUUACCCGAAGAGUCAGCCCGGUUCUAUGCAGCUGAAGUAACCGCCGCAUUGGAGUACCUUCAUCUCAUGGGUUUUAUAUAUCGAGAUCUGAAACCGGAGAACAUAUUAUUACAUCAAUCUGGCCAUAUUAUGCUCUCGGAUUUUGACCUUGCGAAGCAAUCGAACGAUGUCGGCGCUAUGCCUGCCAUGGUCCAUUCCGAGACAAAUGGGGUUCCAUUAAUCAACACAAUGUCAUGUACAGCGAAUUUUCGAACAAAUUCCUUUGUUGGUACAGAAGAGUACAUUGCACCUGAAGUAAUACUGGCUCAAGGUCAUACAGCGGCUGUGGAUUGGUGGACGUUGGGGAUACUCAUUUACGAGAUGAUAUACGCAACAACACCAUUCAAGGGGCAAGAGCGUUCAGAUACAUUUAACAACAUCCGGCUGAUACCAGUUCAUUUUCGGGAAUCUCCCAAGGUGUCAGGUGCUGGGAAAGACUGCAUCACGCGACUUUUGGACAAGAACGAGCGGACGCGAUUGGGCAGUCGGAGUGGUGCUAGUGAGGUGAAGCAGCAUAAAUGGUUUGCAAAGAUAAACUGGGGACUGUUGAGGAAUACUCGACCUCCGAUUGUCCCGUCGUCGUCGAAUGGAGUAGAUGCAGUUAAUUUCCGCCAUCUGAAGGAGUCUCAGUCACUGCACCUGGAAGGAGCACCUGGGACGAAUGAUGGGAUGGGGGCAUCGGACGAAGACUUAUUUGGCGCGUUUUCAAGUGUUACCUUGCAUUAUGAUGGAGAGUAGAGUGUUUUGUUUUGCUCAAUAUACUAAUGGGAUCAAGAAAGACAAAGGUACAAAGAGUGAAACAUACGGUAUGGUAUGUGCUAGUAUCUACGCACUGGCUACGCUAAUACGGUGAUACGCUGGUAUGGUUUGCUUUGGAUGGCUGGUAUUGCGUUUGGUGCUUUGGCUACGCUGGCAAACGUUCUGUAUCGAAGAGCUGAUGGCAGGAAUGGCAGUGGCAGCGACCAGCGUGAUACCUCGGCGCCGAGGGAGCAGAGUUUGGGUGUAUGUUACGGCAUCAAGAGCCGGAUCUGAGAUGAUCGAUCUCAUCUAGAUUACCUAAUCAUUACGUCCUCGAUCCUAACGGGUUAACGUGCUUUCUCCAC